ACAUGGUUAUAUUGAAGCAUAUUAUUUAAGAAUUAACUGUGUGGGGUAGUUUAAUUUAAACUGUGUGGCUAUCCUGUUGACGAUUGGGCAGAGAGAAGACAAGCUCCUGCCAUCUGUACACAAUCCGUGGGAUAAGUACGCAGUCGUGUUCAAAGAUAAACGUAAUGAAUGACGUGAAAGAAGUGUUGUAAGGGUUAACAAAUGUUAGAAUAAUCUGAUCAGCUGUGUAAUACACGCUCCCACCGCAACAAAUUCCGUUGUAGGUCCCUGGUGGUAUGUAGUGAUCUUUUCAUGGGAUGAGUGUUUGUGGAAUGGUUAAAAAAGCUGGCUGUUUCUUAUUUUGGUCAUAACAGUUUUAUUUUUUAAUUCCAUAUGGAAGUAUUAUGUAAGUGACCAAUACCUCAGUAUAAAGUUUUAGCAGUUGCGAUUUUUCAACAACGAAGAUAAUGGAUUCAAGAAACACGAGCUUCAAGAAUCCCUUUCCACGACCAUGGCUGGAAAAUACGGGCGCCGCUGCAGCAGCAGCGGGUGGAAGCUCGGUGGGAAUUAAAGGAAUUAUAGCCGGUGGAAUCACAGGAGGCAUUGAAAUAUGUAUCACAUAUCCAACAGAAUAUGUGAAGACACAACUCCAAUUAGAUGAGAAAGCUGGCACUGCUGCAAAGCAGUACUCGGGCAUCAUAGAUUGUGUCAAGAAAACUGUCCAGAGAAAUGGUGUGUUUGGGUUAUACAGAGGCCUUAGUGUCUUGAUAUAUGGCUCCAUACCAAAAUCAGCUGUGAGGUUUGGUGCAUUUGAGUCAUUCAAGAAAUUGGCAGUGGAUGACAUUGGAAACUUGCGUCCUGUAGACAGAAUGCUCUGUGGUUUGGGUGCCGGAGUGUGUGAGGCUAUUUUUGCUGUUACGCCUAUGGAAACAAUCAAAGUGAAGUUCAUCAAUGACCAGCGAUCUCCAAACCCAAAGUUUCGGGGUUUCUUCCAUGGUUGCUCAGUAAUUGUUAAAAAUGAAGGUUUUGGAGGUCUGUACAAAGGGGUAACAGCUACUAUAUUAAAGCAAGGUAGCAAUCAAGCUAUCCGCUUCUUUGUGAUGGAAACAUGCAAGGAUAUGUACAGAGGGGGUGACCCCAAGAAACCUAUUCCUACUGUUGUAACUGGAGCAUUUGGUGCUUUUGCUGGUGCCUGUUCAGUGUUUGGCAACACACCAGUUGAUGUUGUAAAAACAAGGAUGCAGGGCCUGGAAGCCAAAAAGUACAAGAAUACCUUAGAUUGUGCUCUAAAAGUGUUCAGAAAUGAAGGAGUUGCAGCAUUUUACAAGGGCACGGUUCCUCGACUGAGUCGUGUGUGCUUGGAUGUUGCGAUCACCUUCAUGCUUUAUGAUAGUUUUAUGGAAGUGUUCAACAAGAUAUGGCCAUGAAGACUGACAUUGCAUAUGAGCAUUUUGUCAUGCAGCAGUCCACAUGUUAAAUGUACCGGUAUGUUUGUGCGCUAGAUUGGUUUAGUUCACCACUGUGCAACAUGACAUGAUGCACUGCAACUUUGAAAAAAGUGCUCACCACUUGAUUUUUUUAAUGGUCUUUGUAUUUAUUAUAAUUCUGACGUUAAAUUUUCUUUAUCACUUAUGUAUACAUUACACAGUUUUCUCAGAACCAAUGUUAAAGUGGAAGGGUUAGUUGUGUACUUUGACAAAAGUCUGUUACUUGGCAUUCUUUUAUGCAUUCUUUAACCUGUUAGAGGCCUGUGGUAAGUAUAUGCCCUGCCUGCUUCAACACUGAAUAACUAUUUUAUAUUUAUGGGUUUCAUAUGAUUCUCAGAAUAAACAGCUGUUAUUUCCUUAAACAGCAUUAACCAGCUGAUGUUUUCAGUGAUGAAGUGUUGUUUUGUUUGUGGUAUGCACUUAAUUCUUAAAUAUUAUUUAGACAAUCUUUGGCUUUAGAGGCUUUAUAAGGUCAGAUAUUCAACAGAUUAUUGUCGUCUUAGAUGCAUGUUCUGAAAACUCUGCGUAGUAUAUAUGUAACGCCUUUUCUAAAGGAGUACUUAAAUUUAUUUAUUUGCAUGGCGUCUUAGUUGCCAAACUCUGACCGCUUGUGCAGCACAGGUGUAACAAUUUUUCUCGUGGUCAUCCUGAGGUACGGACUGAUUUUUCAAAUCAUCUCUAUAUGAACUUCUUACUUCAAAGGGUUAAAACACACAUCUGUAAUAUUCUUUCAUGUAACUGUUGUAACAUUCCAGACACUUCAUUUGCUCUCUGUAUAGGUCCUCUACAGUAGCAGUGUCAAGUCUUUUCAGUUUCUGUGUUGUUUGUAUUAGUGAUUGCCAAACCAGAAUGGAUCUUUUCUCAGCCUCCUUUUUAUUGUGGGUGCUGUUAUGGGAGUAAAGAUGUGGCAGUCAUCAAGAAUAGAUUUCAAGACAGCAUGUUGCUUUACCUUUCACCCUCCUGGUUAAGCACAGGGAUAACUUAUCCUCUGCCUUCUACUCUUCAUUUUACUACAAAAUUAAUUUGUUUUGUCAGUUUAAAUUAACUUCACACUGUUGAUAUACCGUUAACAAGUUAUACUGUAUUAUAUUGAUUAAAAUGGAAUGUGCUGUGUAUCGUCAUGUUGCAUUGGGAGUGGUCAUUGUGGAAACUAGAGAUUGUGUGUGUAAUAUAUAUACAGAGUGGGAGAGCAUUCAUUUAUCGUUUUGAUCUUUUGUAUCUCUGAUAAUGAAUGAACACUUCCCCAUUCUGUACACAACUGCAUAUUUUUAAAUUUAGAAAAUGUAGUGGAUUGGGUGAUUUCUUCUGCUGUGUAUGAUGACAAGAUAUAAUUACCAUAAAAUAAGUAAGUCGUGGAUAAGUGAAUUCACAUAUUUGGAAACAGGUAAAUAUUUUACAGCUGAUUUAGUGUAUUUUUUUUAGCACUUGGACUAAUUUAAAUUCAACUUUAACAUUCUAUUUAUACAUUCCUCCAUAUAUAAUCACAGUCACAUAUAAUGAAAAAGACUGAAGAAGUUGACAGUUUUGAGACUUAGGAGCACAGGAGCACAGUAUAUUUUAAUUCUGUAUGAUUUUCAUUAUUAAAUGCAUGUGGAGUAUGUUCACUGUAAAUAUUUAACUUUAUAAAACUUUUGUCUUCAGAUCACACAGCUAUGGCUCUUACCACUUUUAUUAAAACAAAACAUGUGAAAAAGGGAAACCUUAUUAAACAUUUGCACAUCUUAUAAAAUUAUGUGGUCAGAUGAUCCAAGCCUUUGAUUUAUUAGUCUGAGGAUAGAAUCUAAAUAUUCAAAUUGCUAUUGAUGCAAAGUAUGUAUUCAGUUUUGAAACAAAAGUAUCAUAAAAUAUGCCUCAGGAUGUCAUUCUAUAAUUAUGUCCCUUUUAUUACAACUAUUGAAAGUUUGUGUUUAUGUAAAUUUAAAAUAUACGUGCACAUUAAGACCAAAUAUAUGGGAAAUUUUAGAUUAUCAGUAAAGUAGUAUUUGAGAUAUAAAAUAUAAUGGAGUAUUUUAAAAAAAAUCUGUGAGCACGAUUUGAAUGACAGAAUCCAUGCAUGUGAAAAUAAUGCAAUAUAUAAAUGGGUCUCAUUUUUUUAAGGGAACUAAGCCUUUACUAGUCUGCAAGACAAUUAAUAAGAUCACAAAUAGUCAUGUCAGUAACAGAUAAUCUGUUUUUGAAUUUAAUUCCACUUUAAAGGGUCUUGUGUUCCAGUGGGCUAACCCAUCCUCUUUAUAAAAACUAUUCCUUUUUUAUUCUUAAUUGUUACAUUAAUCUGAAUCACAUCUAAAAGAUAUGUCUACAUUUUGCAUUUGGGUAUGACUCUUGGGCUUAGUACAAUUAGUGAUAAGGUUGUUUUUGUUUUUAAAAUUGGUGAUGUAUGUUAUGAAAUGUUAUGUGUUACUGAAUAGUUUAUAUUUUAUUUCUGAUUUAUAAUUUAUGUUUGGAUAUGGAAUUUCCAUUGCUUAAGUGAACAAAGUAAUGUUUCAUAUUCUGUUGUUGCAUUUAAAUUUUGUUAAUGAUGUUUAAAUGAAACUGGAAAGUUUCCGCACUCAAGUGACAUAUAAUAAAAAAUGAAAUGUUAUAAAUUACUAUGCAUUCAAAUUUUAUCACUUUAUAAUUGUUGCAUGGUACAUUUGAGCACAUGAUCAAUUCUGUGUAAUUAUUCAGCUGAUGCUGUCUAACAGCACAAUGGUUUUAUACUUUUCAGUUUAUAUAUUUUUUAACAUGUUAUUUUUAAGGCUGAAUAAUGAUAAAUGUAAUGUUUUACUAUACAUUUAGAAACAUAAUGACAGUGAAAUCUCAGUAUGGCAUGGGUCUGAUGUGUUGUGUACUGGAAGCACUUGUCUGUUUGAUUUUGGUCUUGUGGGUUGUAAUGCCAUGUGGAUUUCUAGGAAAUAACGUUUUGGAGGAACAUACUAUCUCCAUGGCCAGGGCUGAAGCUAAUCUACACCAAUACGUAUGCAUGCCAUUAUGGCCCAGAAGACCAGUGUCAGCAUUUUUCAACUUUGUUUUCUUUCAAACCAUCUAGCAAGUUAUCUGCAUUUGUGGCUCUUUUAGGUUAAGUGAGGCUCUUUACAGUAACACUAAAUUUGGUCCUCUGGAAGGACUGGCACCUCUGCCAAGAAUUUGGUUGCUUGCACGGUUGUUUUGAUGUCUUUCUUUUUUGUGCCAACAAUUUUGAACAACUUGAUGGUAAUUAAUAGCUGUAGAAGGAAGGGAUAGUGGAGGGUCAAAACCAGUUGGGCCUGUUUUGUUGACGCGGCUGUUUGCCCGAGAAGAUUUUAUUGAUUGUACUCACUGCGAAAGUCUCAAAUUCAAUAUUAACAUUGCUUGCACCAAAAUAAGUGAUUGCGUAUUAUCGCACAUACAGAUGUCGUGGAGGUGGUGUUACUAUUGUGUAUGUAAUAUUUAAAGGAAGUUUUGUGUUGGUAGUAUGUGUGAGAUUGGUGAAAAUAUGGACUGCGUUAAGAUUUAACACAAACAUAUGUUUUGACAGCAGCAUACAUUUUGGAAAUGUUCAGGUCUGAAACUGCAAUAUGAAUUUAGUUCCUUGAAGUUUUAAAAUUAGUGUCAUCCAUUCCAGCUUGAGUAUAAUUCUGUGGUUGUAUUAUUUAGUCAUCUUUAUUAGAUUACUGCAAGUAGUUAUUUGUAAACAGUUACGAACAUUUUAGUCACUGCAGUUACAAAUUGCACUGUUCAUUUAAUGCUGGAGGUACAGAAUAACACUGGAAGUUGUUAAGAUACACACAGCAGUUUUUGUGCCUUUUGAAUUUGUAGCUGCACAUUAUUAGAACACUGAUGAACAUUUUAUGUAGUAAUUUAGCAUAGUUUGAUUGGUUAGUAUGCUGUCCUAAACUACUUGAUUUGUUUUACUGUAACCAUAAAAUAAUUUUCUUGCCACGUUUGACAUUUUAAAAUAGAUUGCUCUGUGUGUAUGAUUUA